AUGAACCGCAGCAUCACCAGACUCCUUAACAUCACCAAACACAUUUCCAACAACUCCCCCACCAGUACUAGCACCUCGAUAUUCCGCACCAUGUCUUCCUCCUCCGAGCCCUCGAUUACACUGUACACAGCACAGACGCCCAAUGGCAUCAAGAUCUCGAUAGCGCUCGAGGAGCUAGGCCUCCCGUACACAGUUAAAAAGAUCACCAUGUCCAAGAACGAGCAGAAGGAGCCCUGGUUCCUCGAGAUCAACCCCAACGGCCGCAUCCCCGCCAUCACCGACAAGGCCGGCCCCGACGGAAAGCCCAUUCACGUCUUCGAGUCCGGGUCCAUCCUGCAGUACCUCGUCGAGACAUACGACAAGGACCACAAGAUCUCCUACCCCAAGGGCACCCGCGAGUACUGGGAGGUCCAGGAGUGGCUCUUCUUCCAGAACGCCGGCGUGGGCCCCAUGCAAGGCCAAGCCAACCACUUCUUCCGCUACGCCCCCGAAAAGAUCCCCUACGGCAUCAACCGCUACAUCGCCGAAGCCGAGCGCCUCUACAGCGUGCUCGACACCCGUCUUGCCUCCAACCCGCACGGCUUCCUCGUCGGCGACCGCCUAACCAUCGCCGAUAUCUCCACGUGGGGCUGGAUCAACAUUGCGCCGUGGUCCGGUGUUGAGCUGUCAAAGUUCCCCAACCUCAAGAACUGGCAUGCGAAGCUCGCGGAGAGGCCGGCGCUCAAGAGGGGAGCGGAUGUGCCCGAGCCUAGCUCCCUUUUGGAGACGUUGAAGGACCCGAAGAAGGCGGAGGAGUUGGCGAGGGAGGCGCAGAAGUGGAUUGUGCAGAAAUAG